AUGACUACUAAUCACAUAGUUAUUAUCCUCGCGUCGUUCAUGAUCUUCUUCCUCGUCGUUCCCGCUCUUCCGGCCGAUGCUGAAAGCCGAGGCUUCCGCGGCACCAUGAUCCGCCGUGCCCGCACUGAUACCACCGCCAUCAACUUCACGCAGGCCGCUCAAGAGUCUCACCGUCGGCUGUCAUUCCUCGCCGCCCGGUCCCAAGUCGACAAGCAGUCCUCGGCGAGCCACUUGGACAGUAAUAGUAACACAGAGACAGUACCCCUGUGGAUGGACGGCGUCGUCGGCGCCUACGACAUGGAGUUCUCCAUCGGCACGCCGCCACAGGAGCUGACAGCCCUCGCCGACACCGGCAGCGACCUGAUCUGGACCAAGUGCGGCGCCGGCGCCGCGUGGGGCUCCUCCUCCCCUUCGUACCACCCCGACAAGUCGUCCUCGUUCACCAAGCUCCCGUGCUCGCACCGUCUGUGCACCGCCCUGCGGUCUGUCGCACGGUGUGCCGCCGGCGGCGCCGAGUGCGACUACACGUACUCUUACGGCCUUGGCGGCGGCGGCGACCGUCCCCAGUACACGCAGGGGUUCCUCGGGAGCGAGACCUUCACUCUCGGCGGCGAAGCGGUGCCGGGCGUCGGCUUCGGCUGCACCACCGCGUCGGAGGGCAACUACGGCACCGGCUCCGGCCUCGUCGGGCUCGGCCGCGGGCCCCUGUCCCUCGUCUCCCAGCUCCACGUCGACACCUUCAUGUACUGCCUCACCCGUGACGCCUCCAAGGCCAGCCCUCUGCUGUUCGGCUCACUAGCCACCAUGACAGGCGCCGGCGUGCAGUCCACCGGCCUCCUCGGGUCCACCACCUUCUACGCCGUGAACCUGCGUAGCAUAACGAUCGGCUCGGCGACGACGGCCGGCGUUGGCGGACCCAAUGGCGUCGUGUUCGACUCCGGCACGACGCUGACGUAUCUUGCUGAGCCGGCGUACACGGAGGCGAAGGCGGCGUUCCUGUCGCAGACGAACCUUACCCAGGUAGAGGAUAGGGACGGAUACGAGGCGUGCUACCAGAAACCUAGCAAUGGCAGGCUGCUCUCGAGCGCUGUCCCGGCGAUGGUGCUGCAUUUCGACGGCGGCGCUGACAUGGCCUUGCCGGUGGCAAACUACGUCAAGGAAGUGAACGACGUUGUAGUGUGCUGGGUCGUCCAGAAGUCUCCCAGCCUGUCUAUUAUCGGCAACGUCAUGCAGAAGAAUUACCUCGUCCUGCACGACGUCCGCAGAUCGCUUUUGUCGUUCCAGCCGGCAAACUGCGACAGCUACAAAGCCACCGAGGCAUCAGGCUCGCCUCGUCCCAUGUAUCAAUUUUCUAUCACUAUGCUUCUAUGCUUCUAUAUCUACAAUAUGUAUACUUCAGUAUUUUGA